GCUCCCCGUCCCGUCCCACUGCCGGCGGCAGCUUCCGCUGGGAGGGCCCCGUGGGCGCUUCUUCUGGGAACUCCGGGACGGAAGAUGGUUGAAGAUCAGAAGAGAAAACUGCUCAUGGUUCUUGCUCUCCUCUUGCUGCCCAGCUCAGCACAAUCAGGGAAUACAGACAGACUCACAGAGCAUCACUGCAUGGACUUCCAGAGAGCCAGUUUCCUAGGGGGCAGAAAACUUAAGGUCCAGUUUCUUCUGUUCACUUCCUUAAGCCCCAGCUGUGGAGAGCUGAUUUCAGCUGAUGAUGGCAUCAAGAACUGCGGCUUCAACAGCAGCCUGGAAACCAAAAUCAUCAUCCAUGGCUUCAGGGCUUUGGGUACCAAACCUUCCUGGAUUGAAGGGCUUGUCCAAGCCAUACUGCACACCAGGCAGGUGAAUGUGAUCGCAGUAGACUGGGUUUAUGGGUCUACAGGAGCCUAUCCCUCCGCAGUGGAAAAUGUCACACAGCUGGCCCUCGCCAUCUCACAGUUCAUCAGCAAGCUCCUGGCCCUGGGAGUCUCAGGGACAUCCAUCCACAUUAUUGGGGUAAGCCUCGGAGCACAUGUCGGGGGCCUGGUGGGGCACUUCCACGGCGGUCGUCUGGGACGGAUAACAGCCCUGGAUCCUGCAGGCCCUAAGUACACCAGAGCCAGCCCUGAGGAACGCCUGGAUCCUGGGGAUGCCCUCUUCGUGGAAGCCAUUCAUACUGAUGCUGACAAUUUUGGGAUCCGGAUUCCUGUAGGCCACAUCGAUUAUUUUGUCAAUGGAGGCAAAGAUCAGCCAGGAUGCCCCCGAUUCAUCUCUGCAGGCUAUAACUUCCUGAUCUGUGAUCACAUGCGGGCCAUACAUCUCUACAUCAGUGCCUUGAGCCAUCCCUGUCCCAUCUUGGGGUUCCCCUGUGCAAGUCAUCAAGAUUUUCUAAAUGGUCAUUGCCUGGACUGUGCAAAACCCUUCCUGUCCUCCUGUCCCAGAAUAGGCCUACUGGAGCAGGCAGGUGUCAACAUGAGCAGACUGCCCCAGGAAGUGAAAGUUUUUUUAAUGACCAGUCCUUCAGCCCCAUUCUGUGUAUACCACAGCCUGGUUGAGUUCCAGUUGCAGAAGAAAAGAAACAGAGUCACCAGCAUUGAGAUCAGUUUCAGCAGCAACAGCACCAAGGACACAGCAAAGAUCACCAUACCUAAGGACCAGGAGACAGGCAAACGGCUGCUGGCCCACCGAGUUCCCCUCUGCCAGAUAAACAGUGUGACCCUGAAGUAUAUCCCCAAGAAUCUUUUUUGGAGCAAGGAUGAGCCAUCCAUUGUUGGCAAGUUCUGUGUAGCACCACUGCCUCUCAAUAGCAGCAGGACAAUGUCAUGUCUGCCCUGGAGCCUCACCCUCCCCAGCAAAACAGACAUCUCGUAUGAGCUGCCUACUGCUUGUGCCUAGCUCUGCCUUCAGGAUAAACAGAACCAGAAAGGAAUCCUAAACCUAUUGCUGCUCUUUGCUCCCAGAUGAUACUUUCACCAUAAAACUGGAUGGGUUUUUUACUCCCUGCAUAAGGGGCAAGAUGUCAAGGAACAGAAGUGUGUGGCAUAUUGACAAAUACAAGGUUAACUGGUUAUAGCAAAAUCUUCCAGUUAAAAGACUGGAUUGACACUUUUGUCUCACAGGUUCUGUACCAGCUCUCAAAGUGAGACAGGAAAGUAAUUUAAUCUCAAGGUUUGAAUCUGUAUGAAAGAAGGAGUGGAUAAUAUUGCUCUUUUUAUAGUGGGAGUAUUAGUAUAAUUCAUUAGUGUUUUAUAUUAAACUGUCCUGAAAUCUUCAUAUUAAA